AGGAUAUUUCUGCAUCUUAAACAUAAAGCCAAAAUCUUCUGUGAAGUAAAGCUAAAAUAUCUCCUGAAAUAAAUGGUUUUUUGGCCACUUUCCAUGAACUAAAGCGAUUCAAUGUCUCUUUUGAAUUGUUUCUGCACUUCAAGAACACAAGUUGAAUCACUCAGACCUGAAAAACAGUCUGAAUCCAGUAUUCACCAAUACUUGGUUGACCAGCCAACCUUUUCCUGGCUGCCUCCAUCUACUAAUGCCAAUAAUGUGAUCAUUUCCACGGAUGUUUCUCACUAUGAACUGCAAGUGGAAAUAGGAAGAGGGUUUGAUGAUUUGACUUCUGUCUAUCUUGCACGGCAUACCCCUACAGGGACACUGGUGACCAUCAAAAUCACAGAUCUGGAGAAGUGCACUGAGGAGCGCCUGAACGCUUUACAGAAAGCCGUGAUUCUAUCCCACUUUUUCCGACACCCCCAUAUCACAACUUACUGGACUGUUUUCACUGUUGGCAGCUGCCUUUGGGUUAUUUCUCCAUUUAUGGCCUAUGGUUCAGCCAGUGAGCUCUUGAAGAGGCACUUCCCUGAUGGAAUGAGUGAGACUUUGAUCCGAAGCAUCCUCUUUGGAGCCAUUAGGGGGCUGGACUACCUGCACCGGAAUGGCUGCAUCCACAGGAGUAUUAAAGCUAGCCAUAUCCUCAUUUCUGGUGAUGGCUUGGUGACCCUGUCUGGCCUGUCCCAUCUUCAUAGUUUGGUUAAGGAUGGACAGAGGCAUAGAGCUGUGUACGAUUUCCCACAGUUCAGCACUUCUGUGCAGCCGUGGCUGAGUCCAGAACUACUGAAACAGGAUUUGCAUGGAUAUGAUGUAAAGUCAGACAUUUACAGUGUUGGAAUCACAGCCUGUGAAUUGGCCAGCGGGCAGGUUCCUUUCCAGGACAUGCACAGGACACAGAUGCUGUUACAGAAACUGAAAGGUCCACCUUAUAGUCCACUGGAUGUCAGUAUUUUCCCUCAGUCAGAAUCUAGAAUGAAAAAUUCCCGGUCAGGUGGAGACUCGGGGAUUGGAGAAAGUGUUCUUGUCUCUGGGGGUACUCGCACAGUAAACAGUGACCGAUCACAAACACCAGCCUCAAGAACUUUCUCUCCUGCCUUCUUUAACAUGGUGCAGCUCUGUUUGCAACAAGAUCCUGAAAAAAGGCCAUCAGCAAGCAGUUUAUUGUCCCAUGUUUUCUUCAAACAGAUGAAGGAUGAAAGCCUGGACUCGCUCCUUUCACUGUUGCCUCCUACUCAUCAGCAGCCGUCAGGAACUCGGCCACCAGUCGCACCUUGGACAGAGCUGGAAUAUGAUUUUCCCGAGGAGAAAGACUCAGACUGGGAAUUCUAGGGUGGCAAAACCCUUUGAUGUCCUAUAUACUUGACACAUUUUUUUCCUGCUGUUUUUUUCCUUCUGUUUUGCUAGGAAUAAAAACUUGAAUUAUACUUGAAAAUACAGUCGGUGCACUGGAGAUUCUGCCAUUUAAAACCACUCUGUUCGACUGAGCAGAAGUGCCUUGGCCUUCUGUUAGCUCAGCAGAUGAGUACACCACCAGAGAAUCUUUAGAACUCUUCACCGAUGUCCAUUUAGUGCCAUUUGUUUGCCAUUUUUAUUUUCCUGAAGCUGUGACUAACUCCUCUUCUUGAUGUUCUCACAUAAUUUUUGAGCCAGUGAAAAUUUUAAUUGUUUAUCUACCCUUCAGGGAUCGAGAUUGGAGAGGUCCUGCCAACUAUGUUCUAACUUCCAGAUUCUAUAGCAUUUUUGAUCAGCUACUGUUAGACCAACAAGCUAGAUUAUCCUGGCAUUCUUUUUUGGUAGGAGGAAAAUGUUUCUAUUUCCACACAUUUUUCUGUAAUAUUAAUGGUAAUACCAGACAAACUGAGCCUCAGUUACAUUAAAUGAUUCACUUAAGAUCUACAGAGAAGUUAAUUGUUUUUGUUCUUUUAAGGGGCUAAAUUAACACUUUUCUAUUAAUGUAAAUUAUCGAUACUAAAUUCAUGCACCCCAUGGGAGCUCAAUAAAGAUUUAUUGAAUUCA